UCUGUCUACAAGUGGCAAUUAAUGAAAUUUAUUUUUAUGAAUGAUUUCAUUACAAGCAUGUGAAAAAAAAUUAUUUCUCCACAAACGAGAAAUAGAUGGCGCCGCUGGAAGUUAUGGAGUAGCGGCUUUAUGCGGAGACUUAAGUUGACAUUUCUACUCCGCGGCUCACAUUACGAUUUCCUGAAUGAAAAAAAAAAUCAUUCAAUCGAUGGCCACAUGGAGUAAACCAGUAAAUGGCCAAAUUUUGCAAAAUUCCUUGAGCGGCGUGCAGCGCGCCUGGUCUGUGGCGGAUGGUGAGACGAUGGCAUCUUUUAUUUCACUCAAAGACAAGCAUAUAAUGAAUCGUAAUUUAUAUGUGGAGUGUCCAGAGAAUGCCGUGGAACGUAUGCUGGAUCCGCCCAUUGAUGAGAUUGUUUGUGCGCAUCCGAAAGUACUCUAUUACUUGGGCUUGGAAACUCGCGAUUUUAUGCAAGCUUAUCGCCAACAAUCACAAUGCAUACAAUCUGUUGUGAAAAUGUUGCAACAGUUGAAGGAGGAGAACUGGUGUCUUCCCAUAAUGUACCCAACCUGCUUGGAUUUGCGAAUAUUAGCGCAAAAAUGCGAAGAACUUGGCAGCAGCAGCAAGCCGGGGGAAAUUCUUGAGAAGGCCGCAGACUGCUUAAUGAGCUGUUUCCGUGUAUGUGCCGCAGAUAAUAGUUUCUCAUGGACCAAUCAGCACGCGGUCUAUGAAUAAGUCCAUCGUCAAUGGGAUUUAACGAUAAACAAUAUUCCGAGCUAAAAGAAACACGCCCACCGUUCAAUUGGAAACCCUUGUGCAGGGCAUGAGACAUCCAGCAUAGUACUUGGAAACGAUGCAAACUCAUUUGCAAGUUUGCUUUUUUGUAAUGUCGACUGAGUUGCUUUUUUCGAGGGCGCACAUUACUAAAUACCGGCCCGCGUCGGGUUGGACGGGUAACGCCUGAUAGAAUCAGCUUAAGCAAGCUGGGAAUGUCGAUUUCCACCUCCUCGCCAGGUUUCGGUUUUGUUUCAAAAGAAAUCCAAAUAUUCAAGUUAAGUGAACGAAAUGCACGGAAGGAAUCAUGAACCUGGUUGCUGGAAUAUUCUGGCAGCUAGUCCGGCGCACAAGGCAUAACCGCGUGAUGAUCGUUUGGAUUCGCCAAACAAACCCAAUUCAGCUUAAAGGUCAAUUUCAAGUUAGGAAAGUGUAAUAGACGGCAAUCAUCGUAACGCGAUGCGGUACGUACUGUAAUAUUUAAUUCGCCUUUGAACAUAAGAAGGACAACCUCGAACGUUU